AUGAGAUUUUUAAAAUCUGUAAAAUGCGAAGAACUCAUUCCUCCUAGCUCCAAAAUUGUAACCCUGGAUACCAAGUUAUCGAUGAAAAAAGCUUUCUUUGCACUAGUCGCUAACGAAAUACGAUCUGCCCCUUUAUGGUCAUCAUCAGAACAACGAUUUGUUGGAAUGUUGACAGUGACAGAUUUCAUCGAAAUUUUACGCCAUUAUUAUAAAUCGCCUUUGAUUCAAAUUACCGAACUAGAAGAUCAUAGGAUUGAAACUUGGAAAAGUACGAAUAGACCGUGUUUAUAUGAAGCUGUAAAAUAUCUUACUACCCAUAAAAUUCAUCGAUUACCAAUAAUUGACGAGACUACUGGUGCAGUUCUGUAUAUUAUAACACAUAAACGGCUUAUUAGGUUUUUAUACCUACACUUUCCAGACAUGGGAUUUCCUUCAUAUAUGAGUCAAACAGUAGAGGAACUUCGAAUUGGAACGUAUGAAAAUGUUGCCAUGGUAUCGCCAGAUACACCUCUAAUAGUGGCCCAUAACAUAAUCAUGGAGCGUAGAAUUUCCGCACUUCCAAUUGUCAAUGAAGCAGGUAAAGUCAUGGACAUUUAUGCAAAAUUUGAUGCAUUAAAUUUAGCAGAGGGUCGCUCUUACAAUAAUCUGGAUGUUACAGUCAGACAGGCCUUAGAGAAAAGAUCGUCUACUCUUGAGGGAGUUAUUGUUUGCUAUCCUAAUGAAACCUUAUCUGCGGUCAUUAACAAACUAGUUGAGAAGCAGGUGCAUCGUUUGAUUGUCGUCGAUAGUCAACAACAUUGUAUGGGUAUAAUCUCCUUAUCAGAUUUGAUGAAAUUCUUAGUUUUACGCUCAUCGGGUACUAAUUUCUUAUGUUAG